AGUUUACACACAACAUACACUGGGACCUGCAGCUCCUCAGUCACGAUCAGCCGGUGUAAGGAUGCACAUCUCAUUGGCUCCCGAUGCUGCAUUUAAAGGACUCCAACGAACCGGCAUCCUGUUCCUCUCAUCAGCAUCUCUUCAGAGGAACUUUAAACGUGAAGCGCUUUUCCCGAAUGAGGACGUAAAUGUUUGAAUAUCCGCAGCAAUAUCUCCGAGACUCUUCUGUGAGAUCAUAUCAUCAAUGAUAGACGAUUGAGAUUUGAGAACAAAGAUUUCAGAGCCGCAAACGCAACCGGCAGUAUUAGAUCUCUAGAAGAUCUCUGAAGGGUCACUUGGGGACUUUAUUCCAGAUCCGAAGGAUGGAAACGAACGACUACGAUUGAAUUGACUCAUAUUACUCAAGUCAUGAUAUUUUUCUCACGAUAUGGAGAGUUGGAACUUUAGCACCAUGGAUUCAGGAGGACUUUCAACAUGUUUUAGAGGUCGUUUAUCUUCCGGAAGGUGAUUAAAGUUGAAUCUGUGAUUCUGCGGUUUCUUGUCAUUAAUCUAUCGCAGAAUCGGCGGCUCUUAUGGGAAUGAAACACUCGUCUCGAUGUUUGCUACUCAGGAGAAAAAUGGCUGAUACUGAGAACACUGAGCAAGAGCUCCUGAGUGCUGCCCCGUCCCACUCAGUCCAGCCGUCCCCCCUGCCCAAACCAGUGUCAUCGGUCCAUCAUGCCCAGCAGCCCACACAUUCAUCACACACCCCUCACUCGGCCACGUUACCCAGCUGCCCUGGCAGAGGAAAGAUGUCCAAGUUCCUCAAUCCAGAUGAGAUGACCUCCAGGGAUUAUUACUUUGACUCUUAUGCACACUUUGGAAUUCAUGAGGAGAUGUUAAAGGAUGAAGUGCGUACACUGACAUACAGAAACUCCAUGUACCACAACAAACACAUCUUCAAAGACAAGAUCGUGCUGGACGUGGGCAGUGGAACUGGCAUCCUCUCUAUGUUUGCUGCCAAGGCCGGAGCCAAGCACGUGUAUGGGAUCGAGUGCUCCAGCAUAUCAGAAUACUCCGAGAAAAUCAUCAAGUCCAAUCACCUGGACAACGUUAUAACAAUCUUUAAGGGGAAAGUGGAGGAGACGGAGCUGCCCGUAGAUCAGGUGGACAUCAUCAUCUCUGAGUGGAUGGGCUACUGUCUUUUUUAUGAGUCCAUGCUCAACACUGUCAUCUACGCCAGAGAUAAAUGGCUGAAACCUGGAGGUCUAAUGUUCCCAGACCGGGCAGCUCUCUAUGUGAUGGCCAUUGAAGACCGGCAGUACAAGGACUUCAAGAUUCACUGGUGGGAGAACGUGUAUGGCUUUGACAUGACGUGUAUCCGGAACGUCGCCAUGAAAGAACCACUGGUGGAUCUUGUGGACCCAAAACAUGUGGUGUCCAAUGCCUGUCUGAUCAAGGAAGUGGACAUCUACACCGUGAAGCCAGAGGAACUGUCCUUCACCUCCUCGUUCUGUUUGCAGAUCCAGAGGAAUGAUUACGUUCAUGCUCUGGUCACCUACUUCAACAUCGAGUUCACCAAGUGUCAUAAAAAGGCCGGCUUCUCCACAGCUCCAGAUGCUCCGUUCACACACUGGAAGCAGACCGUGUUUUAUCUGGAGGAGUAUCUGACUGUGAAGAGAGGAGAGGAGAUCGUGGGCACCUUCUCCAUGAAGCCCAAUGAGAAGAACACACGUGAUCUGGACUUUACCUUUGAGCUGGAUUUUAAAGGUCAGCUGUGUGAGAUGGCCAUUGCUCACGACUAUAAGAUGCGUUAAGCGUCCAGCAGAGAGAGCGACAGACAUCGCUCAGUGAAGCAGAAACCGGAGUCACUCCAGAUCGAAGCUUCCCUAUUGCUGGAAAGACACACACACAUGAAGACAACGACCAGGUCAGAUGUCGGUGGAGUGGGACGACACUUCCAGCAAUAGGAGCCUUGCCUUCACUAACUAAAUCUGCACUAGUUUGCCAACAAUCUUACGACUGUUCAAGGGCCGGACUACACGUCAGAUAUAGUCUUAGAGAUGUUAAGUGUUCAUUUCCUGUUUCUUUGCUUUUAUGUCUGGAGUGUCGGUGUGAGAUGUUUGGAUUGAUGAAGGAUGUGAUUCUAUAUAUAUACUGAGAAUGUUUCAAUUGAACUUUCUAUCAAUAGAAUAACUCAACUGAGGAACUCAGAACACAUUUCAGCUGACUUUAAGACAUACAAAAAGAAGAAGUGAUCUUGAAAACUAAACAUGAAUGUUUCUCAAAAUCAGGUCAUUCUGAGGAAAUGGCACCAUUUGCGCUAGAUUAGUGUUUCACUUAGUUUCGAGUGCCAUGUAAAUUAAUAAUGAAUAAAACAAUAUUAUAUUCUAUAUUACAGUGUAAUUAUUUUGGGUUGAAUGUUACAGGGUUUGAGAUCAGUGCAAAAGUGUCUAAUUACAACCUUAGCUAAUAAAACACAUUAUUUACAGUGUUGUUGCAACCCUAACCCUUUGUGGCAGGGCGGAGGGCAUACCUGUCAAGUAUCCCGUUUUGGCCGGGAAAGUCCCGUAUUUUACCCUUCUUUCCCGCCGUCCUCCCGUAUUAGUAUUUUCCCGCAAAUCUCCUGUAUUUUAACCUGCGUUAUUAAGAAAUAAUACCCCUGGCCCGGGCGGAGUAAAAAAAAACAUUCCUAAUCUGAGCUCGGUCACUAGCCUCGCGAUAACUGCCACCUGCUGUAGCCUACUACAGGUACUGUAGGUGGCAGUUGUCGCGAGGUUAGUGUGUGAGGUCAGAUGACGAGUAACAACGCAGGGAAAAAAAAUAGAGACGGAUGAUGGACGCUACGACAGAGGCACUCCUGCCAAAAAACCAAAACCCUCAUGUAACUACCGCGAUCAAUGGGACAGUGAAUGUACUUUUCUGAAGAGGAGCCGAGUGGGGGACAGUCACGCGUUUUGUAAGUUUUGUAACUGCAACUUUAGCAUCUCACACGGGGGAAGGAAUGAUGUCAGCGCGAGAAAUCGGAAAGUUAUGUGAAAUGAAAAGAAAAACUGUAAAAGAAAAGCAAUAUGAAAUUAAAAUUAUGUGUGGAAUGAAAAUAAAAUGUAAAUGUAAAGACAAGCAAUAUUAAAUGAACAGAAAAUAUGCAAAUAAGCCUUUAAAUAAAUGCUCUUCAUAUACACCCUUUUGUGUUUUCAUUUAGGCUAUAACACCUGUCUUAAAAUGUAAGGGAUACUGGAGCUUGGUUGGGGUGGUGGGACUGCUCGCGGUGGGCGCCGGAAAAUUUCCCUUAUUUUCAAAUCCAAAACUUGACAGGUAUGGCGGAGGGCGGGGUCGUGAUUCCACACAUCCGGCCCCUAAUCAGGCUAAUCAAGCCUCAGAGAGGGAUAAAGACCGACUGUAGACGGCAGUGCGACAGAGAGAGAGAUUUACAGACAGCUGUGUGACACCAGUGUGUGUGUGUGUGUGUGUGUGUGUGUGUGUGUGUGUGUGUGUGUUUGGUUCAGUUUAUAAUUAUAAUAUUGUUUAUAUCGUCGAGCCGGUUCUCUGCCACCUCUUUUCCCUCUAAUCCCCUAUUUUCACAAUUCUUAAAAGAAAUAUGAUUGAUCAAAUACUCAAAUCAUAUGAAUUAUGUCUGCAGUAAGUCCCAGGUGGCACACAUGGCACAAUAAUGGCACAGUUUCCUGAGAAUUACCAAACUAUCAAGAAAUCAAGAUUGGGGCAUCAAUAACAGCUCUGAACCGAUGACGUUUUCAGCCCCUAAUUUCCAUGAAAAACAGACAAAAAUGAAUAUCAGAUUGAAUUAACAUUUUGUCUCGAUUCAGAAGCAAAAACAGUGUAGUUAACAUGUGGUGUAAAUGUGAAUCAUGUCGUGGGCAUAUGUGAUCUUUCUUUGGUAGCUUUACGAGACUGCAAUAUGUACAGUAGCGUUGGUGUAAUUCUACAUGUAUGAUAGACAUUUCCACUUGCAUUUGCUGAUGAGAGAAACAGCACAGCAUGUCGAACUGUGCGUCUGUCUGUGGCGAGAUGAUUUGGACACCUGCAGCUCUUCACCUGUGCUCUUAAUCCAGUCGUGCCAAGGCGAUGGAUCUGUCCCGGUCCAUCUGUGACAUCUGUGUCACAGCUGAUUAUACUGUCCUCACCAGGGGUGUCGCUAGACCCGUUUUACUGGGUCACAAGCCCUAGUCAAGUUCUGCUGUUGGUUUCCCAUUCAGAACAAGAGACUAACUGAAGGGGCCCUGUGCCCAACACCCCAGGUCCUCAGCAAAGACAUUCAGCUCACUAGCAAAGCACAUUGUCCAUUCUGCGUCAUCAGUUUGUACUGUAGGACUUAUCUAGAAUACAUACAGGACCUGAUUCAUUGGUGGAAUAUAAGAAAUACAACAUUGACUUUAUCCUCUCUGUACAAAUAAUGUUUUCUGCAUCCAAUAAUGUAUUUCCAAAGAAAAUCUGUUAUUGAAAUUUGAGAUUUACAUGUUAAAAUAGUGUUUUUCCCCCUGAUUAUUAUUAAUAUUCCCAAUUAUUUUCCCUGAUUUGAGCAUCGGUUAAAACAGUAGUACAUCCAAGAGCUUAAAGUUAAAGUGUGUACUUUCUGUGCCACCAAACGGAAUUGCAAAAUGAAACUUUGUUUUCAAAAUAGCUUUUUGAACGUCUGGCAUUGGUCCAACAAAGAGAUAGCCCCGCCCCCAACUCACGGCAUUGGUUGAGUAACGUUUGGGCGGCUCUUUCAAAAUGGAGCAAUUCUCAUGGUGCCACAGAAAGACAAUGUUCACAGUGAAAAUGAACCUAUGAAUGAAUGACUUAUAGUUUCUCUGCAUGUUAAACUAGGACAGAAAUAACAGAAAAAAGUGACAUAUUCAGCUUUAAAAUGUAUUAGCCUCAAUUAAACCCAAGUCAAAUGUUUAUAGGUGUAUGAUAUCAUGUCUUAGUGAAUGUCUAUGGCUGUUUAUAGAAAAUGGUGGACAUGUUGCUGAAACAAAGAUAUGAAAAAUGAGAGUGACCAAUAAAAAUAAAAACACAUGGAUGUGAAUAUGGGUAAAUAAAAGACUUUAAAACUCAC